GCGGAGCUCCCGCCGCGGGGCCGCGGCCCCGGCUCAGGAGCCACAAGAACUUCUGAAACAACUUGUGACAAUGUAUAGUCUUAAGUGCUGCAGUCUGAGAGCCCUUUUUCUAUUGAUCCUCUAUAGGUCAAUGCAAGUUCCUGAAGCUGAAGGAAAAAGUGAAAUUCUACCUCCAACUAUACAAAAAAUAAUAAAAGGAUACAACAAGUAUCUACGUCCAUUUUUUGAUAAUGGUCCUGUGUCAGUUGGAAUGAGUAUGGAUAUUGCAAGCAUUGAUACAAUAUCAGAAAUAAAUAUGGACUACACAGCUACCAUAUUUCUAAGGCAGCGAUGGACUGAUGAGAGACUUUGUUUCGAUGGUAAUAAGAGUUUAAGCUUAGAUGGUCGGCUUGUGGAAAUGCUUUGGGUACCAGAUACAUUCAUAGUGGAUUCAAAAAGGUCUUUUCUUCAUGAUGUCACUGUUGAGAAUCGUCUUAUAAGAAUAUACCCUAAUGGAACAGUCUUGUAUGCUAUACGGAUCACCACAACCGUAUCAUGCAGCAUGGAUCUGACUAAAUAUCCAAUGGAUAAACAGACAUGUACUUUGCAACUGGAAAGCUGGGGUUAUAACAUCAAUGAUGUCAUGUUUUACUGGACCAGAGGAAAUGAUUCAGUUCGAGGUUUGGACACACUCCGGCUGGCACAAUACACAGUAGAAGACCACUUUACCUCCGUGUCUGAGGCUGUAUAUGAGACAGGACGUUACCCAAAACUAGUGUUUCACUUUGAACUCAAGAGAAACAUCUUGUAUUUCAUAUUAGAGACAUAUGUACCAUCAAUCCUACUGGUUGUGCUCUCCUGGGUAUCAUUUUGGAUAAGCCAGUCAUCAGUUCCAGCUAGAAUCUGCAUAGGUGUUACCACAGUCCUUACAAUGACAACACUGAUGAUGGGAGCCAGGACUUCACUCCCAAAUGCUAAUUGCUUUAUUAAGGCAAUUGAUGUGUACCUCGGUAUCUGCUUCAGCUUCAUCUUUGGAGCACUGUUAGAGUAUGCUGUGACUCAUUUCUGCACUCUGCAUCAACUCAGUUCAAAGGAACUUCCAAUGGAUGAUGAUGAAGAUGAUGAAGAAGGCAAGAACAGAGCCCUGGCAGCAAUCUCUAACAAUUGCAGUGCCCCUGACAAUACGAAUAAGAUCAAUGCAAACAAGAGCAACCAAACCAGCAUCGAUAGAAAAAGUGAGAGAAGUAAACACAGUGUGUGUAGUUCACCAAUGUCAGUAAUGAAAAGACUUUUCUGUAUCUUUGAUUGCUUCCAUGUUAAAAAUCCUUACCACAUAGACAACUAUGCCCGAUUUUCUUUCCCAUUAUCAUUCAUCAUAAUUAAUGUACUUUACUGGGUAUACUAUUUGUAUUUCUAA